UUUGAAUUUGCACUUUCUGACUCUAAAACCAAAGGUUACCCAAAACGAAAGCUCUUCUUCACCUGUAGCACCUGUACCACUAACCCAAGCAAAAACUCAAACUUUUCCAACCAAAUUUCACAGGUGACCGAUAGCCUUUUCUUUUACUUUUGAACUUUUUCUUUAGAAUUUCCUCCCUCUCCCUUUUCUUGUUUCUCUUCUGGUCUUUUCCUUCCCUCUUCCCCACUCUCCCUCUCUUUCUUAUAUUUCCAGCUACCCCUUCUAUUGGGUCAGGAUUUCUCUCACCCACGAUGGGUAGUUGUCUGAGCAAGAAGGGCUCUUCUCAGACUGUUGCUUCUUCCCCUCCAGAUCCGCCCUGUAAACCGAAACCCCAGGAAGAGGUCAAGGAGGAGCAGAAGAUGAUGGUACCACCACAAGCCGAAGAAAAGGUGAAGAAGGAGAUCUUUGUCAUAAAACACAGAAGGAGCCAUGAAAGACGCACUGAAGAAAAAGGAUCAGCAGCAGCAGCGGCGGCGGCGGCAGGUGGUGGUGGUUGUGGAGGAGAAGUAGGCAAUAAGAAGGAAGAGUCCUGCAAUGGAAUCAAUGCCAGCAAUAUUACUGCUAAUCCUACUAAUAAUGGUGGCAGCACCAGUGGCGUAGCCCCUGUGAGGACUUCCUGCUGCACCAAAGAAGAAGUAGAUGCCAUCCUCAUACAGUGUGGACGACUCAGCCGGAGCAACUCCAGCAAGGCUUCUGCUUCUUGCGACAACGGCAGUAACGCCCAUGCUCUCGGCACUAGUGGAAGCAGGAAGUACUCGGGUUCCAAGAGGAGUUAUGAUUUCGACCAUGACGAUGCCUCCGCACGAGCAGCCGAUGAUAACGAGUACGACGAUGCAGAGGAUGAACAGGAAAGACGCCGACAUCGGCAUCGGCAGCGCCACCAACAUCGAUCUAGGUCUUCUCACCGGAGAACACCCAGCAGGGAUGGAGACGCUGAGUACAAGCAGAGAUCCGGUAGCAGAGAUCGUGCUUCUUCUUCUUCUGGGGAAGAAAAGAGGCGAAACAGCGGUAGUGGGAGAAGGGUGAGUCGCUCCCCCGGUAGGAGAUCUGAAACUCCAAAUGCUGGAACCGCAACGCCUACCACGGAAAAGUCUAGACCAGCAAGGAUGGUUUCUGUUCCGGCCUCUUUGUCCACCCGGGAUAGGAGCAAUGGUGGUGCCACUGCUUCCGCUGCUGCAGUCCCCGAACCUGCCACCGGAAUCAAAAGGGUUUCUGUCAAGAGAAGUGUUGAGGUUGGUGGUGGGCCUAGGACGGCAGCAUCGCCUCGUUCUCAGUCUCCUGCAAAUAUUAGAGCUGCCAACGAGAAUGCCCACCAUCAUAAUCAUCCUCCUCAGACACCCUCACUCAGCCGGAACUCUUCCAGGAAAGCAGAGCACUCUCCCUACAGAAGAAUCCCCAUGAACGAAAUCGAUGGGAACACCCUUGUAAAUGAACAACUUUUGUUCAGAGCCCAGGAUGCAGCCAACAACAAGGUAGAAAAGAGCAAGGAAGCAGUUGAGGAGGGAUUAAUAAUCAAAACCUCCCAAUUUCUGUCCCAGAUGCAGAAGCCUGAUGAGAAAAGCAACAGAGUUGUAGAACUUCCACAAGGGGCUAAUGACAGACGAGAGAACAAUCCUAUGAGUUCCAGAGCCAAGGAGGGGCAGCAAAAGAUUGUGGAGGAACAAACAGAGGCUAAAGGGAUACCAGCCAAGGCCAACGUGGUAGCAGUGAUUGUAGCAGCCACAGGCGACGAAAGCCAGAAACCCCAGACGUUAACAAGAAGUAGGUCCUCUAGGAGAUCCAGAGACCUAGACAUUGCCCUGGGUUUCAACCCAGAUAGCCAUCUCAAUCCCAAUUCCUACACCUCGUUAUUGCUUGAAGAUAUUCAAAACUUCCACCAACAGAACAACAACACUGUUUUUUCCCUCCCAGCCUGUGUUACCAAGGCCUGCUCCAUCUUAGAAGCAGUGGCUGACCUCAACUCCUGUUCCAGCUCCAAUCUCUCUUGUGCUGCAUUUUCAGAGAAUAAAACCUCUGAAGCAGAUGGAUCUCACAGAAAGAAUGUUUCUUCCGAUUUCCAUCUUGGGAAGAGAAGGAUGGAGGCUAAAGAGCCAAUUUUGGAGUCUGAGAUGGUUGUCAGGGAUGAUCUAACAGAGCCAAGCCUCCACAAGUAUGUAACCGUGAGAAGGGGUGUGACAGGUGGAGAGAUGGAACAGCAAGAAUCCUCUGGAAGUAACAGCUUUGUGAGUCACAAUUGGGCUGCUUCUUCGUGGGAACCCAAUUCAGCUGACUCCACAGAGCGCUGGACCUCACAAUCAAGCUAUGGGGACGAGGUGGUUGACAAAGAGAGGGAACCAAGCUCUCUAGGUAGUCAAAAGCAAGCUCUCUCUGAUGCUGCCCAUGGUGUCGUAGCUGGGGUAAGGAGAUUUCAGCAUGGUCGCAAUGAUGGUUACUUACCAAGUGCAACAGUUGGUACAGCUGCUUCAAUGUAAAAAGGAUUAGAUCUUAGUGAAAGAGUUGCAGAAGUUUCAAACUUACAAUUUGAUUUGAAAAUCUGCAAGGUGGGUCAAGAGACAUUGAGCCCAUCAGUUUAUGCCACCACAUCCUCUGCAGGGAUGAAAUCCAUGUUUUACUGGAUAAUUGAUGUACUUUUAUUUGCUGUUUUCACCUUUACCUACUUGUCUCUGUGAUUUCCAAUACAAUUAGAUCGAUAACAAUUUAA